AUGUGUUCUGAAACAGGGCUGAAUGGCUCCAUCAAUGGAAAGGCAAAAUCAAGCUCCGCCUCCUCCACACCCUCUCCAGUCCUCAUCCCUCCAGAUCAGACCAAGAGCCUGAAAACCAGCCCCAAACCAGCACUAAACCAGCUAGAGGAGAAAACUAAGGACAAGAAGCUGCGUAGCAAAGUGCCAGACGUCUCCAUCAACAGUGACAGCCAAUCAGCAUCCAGCUCUGACAGCUCGAGCGAUGCUCUUAGCAGCUCUGACUCCGACGACCUGGAGGAUGUUGACGACGACGACGACGAUGAUGAUGAUGAUGAUGAUCAAAGUGAUGAUAGUGUGGACUCAGAAAAGUGCAGAAAAGAUCAGAAAGGUAUCCGUAAGGGGGAAAUGCACACAGACAGGAAGAGCAGUCACACUGUAGGGCAGGAUAAACUGGACGUCCAGGGUCUGCUUUUGUCCCAGCUGCCAUUGCACAUCCAGUCCUUCAGAUCUAAAGAGGAGCCCGGUAAACACGCCAGCGUCAUCCAGACCACAGGCCUAGCAUCCAGCACAAAACCACUAGCACUCGUCACGCAGCGACGCCGAGACAGAGACGUACCGUCCCCUACAGACGUCUCCCACUCAUCCUCACCAAAAGCAGCUCCCCUGACCCCGUCACCCAGGUCUCCCACACCGCCCUGCUCCAAAUCCACUCCUCUGCCGUCAGACCGUCUGAAGACGUGCAAGAAUUACCUCGACGAGACCCUGCUCACCAUCAACAACUUCAGCAAACAGUCAUCUCUACCUCAGGCCUAUCCUGCACAGGAGCCACGGAGCAGCCAGAAACCUCCGUUCCUCCACUCACUUCCCACUGUGCAGGACGCUCCUCUGGCCCUCAUCACUAAACCUCGCUCCCAGAGCACUCCGCUGGCCGCCACCAGCCCCGCGGUCAGCGCUCCCAUCAACCUCAGCACCACGGAAGGGAAGGCCCGGAGGACGCUGAAGAGAGAGACGCCGUCAUUGGCGGAGCACUUCAGGGGGGCGGAGUCUGGGCUCCCUGACAGUAAAGACUCUGAGGACUCGUUAAUGGAGGACGAGGAUGAAAAUGACGCUUCAAAUGACAGCCUCUCAGACUCUGACAGCAAUUUAGACACUGAUUCUGAUGAUGAUGAUGGUAAAGAUGAAGAGAUGGACACAGAUUCAGAAAUGGACAGAACGCCACUCAAACUCACCAAAUCCUCAGCGUCUAUACUUGACUCCUCCCACAGCACUAGCCCCACCCCUCUCAAUCUACAAGUUCAUAAAACGCCUGCCACAACCACGAACAACUCCGGGAAUUCGGCCAAUCACAGCCCAGCUUUGUCGUCUUACAGUGUGGCCACACCCCCAGGGAAAAGAAGAAGAGUCACAGAUGAAUGUGCACUGCGGAAACCUCUAGAAUAUGGAUGGCAGAGGGAGACUCGCAUCACGAACAUGUCUGGCCGUUUGCGUGGAGAGGUGGCGUAUUACGCUCCUUGUGGCAGAAAGAUCAGACAGUAUCCAGACGUCAUCAAGUAUCUGACCAGAAACGGGAUAAGUGACAUUACACGGGAUCAUUUUAGCUUCAGUGCUAAAAUAAAGGUUGGUGACUUCUAUGAAGCCAGAGAUGGAGCACAGGGGUUACAGUGGUGCUUACUGACGGAAGAGGAAGUCGUUCCUCGUAUCUUAGCGAUGGAAGGUCGUCGGGGUCGUCUCAAGAAUCUUGACCCCUCUUGCUCUCGCAGGAAAAGCAGAGCGCCUGACGAGAGUGAAGCUGAUGCUGUCAGCACCUCUGAGGCCAAACUACUGCGCAGACUAGAGGCUCAGGAAAUGGCUCGGCAGGCGGCUCAGAUGAAGCUGAUCCGUAAGCUGGAGAAACAGGCGCUGGCGCGGGCAGCUAAAGAGGCCAGGAGGCAGCAAGCGAUCUUGGCAGCUGAGGAGCGGCGGAAACACAAGGAGCAGAUGAAGAUUCUGAAGCAGCAGGAGAAGUUCAAGAGAAGCCAGCAGGUCCGCUUGGAGAAGGAACUCCGUGCUCGGCAGAUCUUGGAGGCUAAAAGAAAAAAGAAAGAAGAGGCUGCGAACGCCAAAAUACUAGAAGCUGAAAAACGAAUAAAGGAGAAGGAGCUGCGCAGACAGCAGGCCAUCAUCUUGAAGCACCAGGAGUUGGAGAGACAUAGACUAGAUAUGGUAUGGGAGCGGGAGACGCGUCGGCAGCAUGUGAUGUUGAUGAAGGCAAUAGAGGCCAGGAAGAAAGCUGAGGAGAAAGAGCGACUAAAACAGGAGAAACGAGAUGAGAAACGACUGAACAAGGAGCGCAAACUGGAGCUAAGACGGCUAGAGCUGGAGAUGGCCAAAGAGCUGAACAAACCCAAUGAAGACCUGUGUCUGUCAGACCACAAGCCUCUGCCGGCGCUGUCACGGAUAGCGGGUCUGCUGUUGCCCGGAGGCUGUUUCUCAGACUGUCUUAUGGUCAUGCAGUUCCUGCGCUGCUUCGGGAAGGUCCUGGGGUCCGAUCUCGGCGCUGACGUGCCGUCCCUCGGGGUGCUGCAGGCAGGGCUGCUGAACGUGGGCGACAGCAUGGGCUUCGUCCAGGACCUGCUGGUGCGCAUGCUGUCUGCUGCUGUAUGUGACCCAGGACUCCCUGCGGGACACCGGGCAAAGACGGCUCUGGGAGACCAUGUGACCAACGUCGGCCUGAACCGGGACAAUGUGUCCGAGGUGCUGCAGAUCUAUAUGGAAGCUCACUGUGGACAGACGGAUCUGGCGCCGCUGGCCGAGAGCUUGAAGACCAAAGCUUUCCAGGCCCACACGCCGUCUCAGAAAGCCUCCAUACUGGCCUUCCUGGUCAAUGAGCUGUCCUGCAGCAAGAGCGUGGUCAGUGAGAUCGACAAAAACAUAGACAAUAUGACUAACCUGCGACGAGACAAAUGGCUGAUCGAGGGGAACCUGCGGAAACUGAGAAGCAUCUAUGCUAAGAGGACAGGAAAGCGAGAGAGCAGCGUCGGAGGAGAGGAGGGUCAGUCCACCAGUACACCGGCCAACAGCCGUAAACGAAAGCGCAAAGGAGGGAGAGCGAUGAAGGCGAUGAGGGAAGGCGAUGACAGCGAUGAACAAGGAGAGGAGGAGGAGGAUGAAGAUGAUUUUGGUGGGAAGAAAGGGAAAAAAGCAGAGGCAUGUGAAGAUGAGGAUGAAGGUGAUCAGGUCACAAGCAUUGAGGAGCUGGAGAGACAGAUCGAGAAGCUUAGCAAGCAACAGACUCAGGUCCGUCGGAAACUGUUCGAGGCUUCCCAUUCCCUGCGCUCGGUGAUGUUCGGUCAGGACCGCUAUAAACGACGCUACUGGGUUCUGCCGCAGUGCGGAGGGAUCUUCGUGGAGGGACUGGAGAGUGGUGAGGGUCCAGAGGAAUUGCAGAGAGAGCGUGAGAGGAUGAAGAACGCUCACCUCGUCCAGGUCAAAGAGGAGCCAGCGGAGGAGCCCGAUGAAAACUACGGCGCCGCUGAGAUGAAACGCGAACCUCCGCAGGAUGUAGAUUCUCUUAACCUCUUCCUGCAGAAACCAGACUCUUUCUCCAAGCUCAGCAAGCUGCUGGAAGUGGCCAAGAUGUCUUCAGAGGUCUCGUGUCACCAGUACAGCAGUCCAAAGCGGCAGACUACAUUACCCAGAACCCCCAAGCGUGAUGUUAAACCUGAUCUCAACGAUUCUUGCCUCCUCAACAACACCUACCUCGCUAACGCCCAGCAGCAGGUCCGUAACGACCAGCUUUAUAAGGUCCUGACCGAGAGAAGCGCUCACUGGUUCAGUCUGCUGCCUCGCUCUCCGUGUGACGUCUCAUCUCUGACUGAAGGUCCUCAUUCAGCAUCAUCUUCCUCACCACAAACCACAGCGGUCUCUGCCGCCCCUAUGGCGCAAGUGCGGAUCAAUAACUUUCCAUUAGCAGCACUGCAGAUGAAGUCCGGCGUGUCCAUUAUAGAUCUGCCCUUUUGUGCUUGGCCCGGUCCAAACGUGCCGUUCUCUGGUGUUUCCAUGGCUCAGAUUAUCAGAGGCAUUCACUCAUCCUCAGAGAGCAGCGGACACCUGAACCUGUGUAAGAGCGAUUCUCCAGAGUCUCCAGCAGAGAAGCUCAUCUCCAUCGAGGUGCCCAAAAACCAGGAUUACCCAGCACCUCAACCUAUUCCUGAGGAGAUGCUGACUGGCUGGUGGAAGGUGACGGACGUUGAGCAGUUACGGUGCAUCGAGAAAGCGUGUCAUUCCAGGGGGAUGCGAGAGAAACAGCUGCAGAAACAGCUGCAGAAGCACAUGGAUUACAUCGGGCAGGUGUGCAGCAGGAACAGAGACGUGACUGCGAUCGACGUCUCUGAGCUGGAGGAGAAUCAGGUCUCUGAAGACACCGUCCAGAGCUGGUGUGUGGAAGAGCAGGCCAUGGACAUGGACAUCGGUGUCCUGCAGCAGGUGGAGGAGCUGGAGCACAAAGUCACCUCGGCCAGUCUGCAGGUUAAGGGCUGGAUGCAUCCUCCAGCGCAGUCACAGAGCGAAGACCUGCUGUAUUAUGAGCACAAACCCCUCGUGCCAAGCUGCAGAGACAAAAGCGACGGCGGCUCGCUGCGGCGAGCGAACAACCCUCUGGAUAUAGCCGCGACGCUUCUGGCCGAGCUGGAGAGGAACAUCGAGCGAAGGUACCUGAAGAGUCCUUUAAGCAGCGUCAUUCAGAUCAGGCUGGAUAACGUGGGGACGGUCUCAGUACCGGCCCCUGCGCCAUCACCUGCUAGAGCUGAUGGGGACGGGGCUGAGGAGGAUCUGGCUCCAGGACUGAGACAGUGGCGUAAAGCUCUGGGAGAGGUGCGCAGCUCCAGUCAGCUCUCUCUGUGUCUGCAGCAGCUGCACAAGUCCAUUGCCUGGGAGAGGUCCAUCAUGAAAGUGUACUGUCAGAUGUGCUAAGGAGAUAACGAGGAGCUGCUGCUGCUGUGUGAUGGAUGUGAUCGAGGCUGCCACACGUACUGCCAUAAACCCAGGAUCACCACCAUCCCUGACGGAGACUGGUUCUGCCCGGCCUGCAUAUCCCAGGCGAGCAGUCAGUCGAAGACCAAGAAGGCCUUGAACCGCUCAAGCGGAGGCCUGAAGAAACCUCCCGAGGCCAAGCGACACAAGAAGCCGUCUGUGACCGGAGACUCGGAGGAGGAUUUGAGCGGCGCUAACGGCACGCCCAGGAAAGUGUCAAAGGACGCGAAAAAGAGGAGGACCGAGGAGAGUCCCGCCGGAAAGCAGGAGAGUCCCGCGUGUGUGAAGAAACCCAAAACGAAAGACCUGGCCUUGUGCAGGACGCUCUUGGCUGAGCUGGAAAGCCAUCAGGACGCCGGGCCGUUUCUGACACCCGUCAACCCCAAAUGUCCCGGAUACCGCAAGAUCAUCAAGAAGCCCAUGGACCUCUCUACCAUCAGAGACAAACUCACCAACAGCCAGUAUUCGAGUCUUGAGACUUUCAUCAUUGACGUGAACCUGGUGUUCGAUAACUGCGAGAGGUUCAACGAGGACAACUCGGACAUCGCAGCGGGACACGAGAUGAGACGCUUCUUCCAGAGGAGAUGGAGCGAGCUCCUGAGGCAGAGCUCGGUGAAAGCGCUUCAGACGACGGAGACUCCGUGAGAGCGGCGCCGUUUACAAAUCAAGUACAGGGACAGCAAAAAAUACCUUGUAAAUAUGUUCUCUUUUUGUUGUUUCUUUUGGGGUUUUUUUUAAAUAAACGUUAAUAUUAUAGUGAAUGUACUGUAUUUAAUUUGUUUUGAUUAUUUAUGAC